AUGAAUCCCAACAAUGCGACUCUUCCAAAGGUCUUCAUCCUCUUGGGUUUCUCAGACCAUCCCUGGCUGGAAACACCUCUGUUUGUGGUGGUGCUCCUUGCUUACAUCUUCACACUGGUGGGCAACAUCUCCAUUAUUGUGGUAUCCAGGGUAGACCCUCACCUGGACAGCCCUAUGUACUUCUUCCUUUCCAACCUCUCCUUUCUGGACCUGUGUUUCACCACAACCACCAUCCCCCAGCUGCUGCUCAACCUCUGGGGACCGGAUAAGUCUAUCAGCUAUGAGGGCUGUGUGACCCAAUUUUAUAUGUUUCACUUCCUGGGGGCCACUGAGUGCAUUCUCUUAGCUGUGAUGUCCUUGGACCGUUACAUUGCCAUCUGCAAACCUUUGAGGUACCCCGCUAUCAUGCAUCAGAGACUUUGUGUCCUCUUGGUAGUCAUUGCUUGGCUAAGUGGUUUGGCUAACUCCUUGCUUCAGUCCUCCCUCACUGUGCUUCUGCCACUUUGUGGGAACAACAAAGUAGAAAGCUUCCUGUGUGAGGUCCCAGUGAUGAUUGAGAUGUCAUGUGUUGAUACUACAUUCAAUGUAACGAUGCUCUCCACUGUGGGGACCUUCUACUCCCUGGUGCCCUUGUCACUGAUUCUUGUCUCUUAUGGGUUCAUUGUUGCUACCAUCCUGAGGAUUCAGUCCUCAGAGGGAAAGAAGAAGGCCUUUAAUACUUGUGGUUCUCAUAUGAUCGUUGUCUCUCUCUUCUUUGGACCAGCCAUCAUUAUGUAUGUCCAACCCUCUGAUACUAACUCCCAGGACAAGAACAAAAUAAUGUCCCUGUUCUAUAGUUUGGUGACCCCCAUGCUUAACCCUUUCAUCUACACUUUGAGAAACAAGGACAUGAAAGGGGCAAUGAAGAGACUUCUCAUCUCAAUGUACCACCGGGGAAGAGAUCAAGCCUAA